AUGCAUCAAUUUUUUGUUUUUAUUCCAAGCAAUGCAUUUAGUCAAAGUGUCUUAGGUUAAAAUAUAUUUAUGAUGGAGUUUUAGAUUGACAAAAUAUUUGGAAGAGAGUUUCAAAUAUUGAAAUUUUCGGCUGAGUUCCAACUGCGCUCGCCCGGCUUGCAGUUGUUCGUUGCCCUAGUUCGCAGUUCGCAACUGAACUCUCUCCCUCCCUCUCUCUCUCUCUCUCUCUCUCUCUCUCAUGGCUGCUCCCAGAAUUCUUCUAUGCGGCGACGCUGUCGGCCGCCUCAAUCAGCUCUUUAAACGAGUCUCAUCGGUAAACAAAUCAGCUGGUCCGUUCGAUGUCUUGCUAUGCGUGGGCCAAUUUUUCCCGGAGGCGCCGGACCAGCUCGGAGAGUUGAUGGACUAUGUAGAAGGACGCUCUCAAAUCCCUCUGCCGACUUACUUCAUUGGCGACUAUGGCGUAGGUGCUGUGAAGGUUCUAUCUGCCGUUUCAAAGGACCCCGCCAACCAGGGGUUUAAGAUGGAUGGUCUAAGAGUGUGUGAGAAUUUGUAUUGGUUAAAAGGCAGUGGAAAGUUCACCCUCCAUGGAUUAACUGUGGCAUACUUAUCCGGUACUCAUUCAAUGGGUAGUCAACAAAUUGGAACAUAUAGUCAAGAUGAUGUCGAUGCACUGCGGGCAUUAGCCGAGGAUCCUGGACCAGUAGACCUGUUCCUAACUAAUGAAUGGCCAAGUGGUGUGACCAAUAGGGCUGCUACAACUGAUCUUCCUCAAGGAAUUUCUGAUUCAGCAGGUAGCAGUUCCACUGUGUCAGAAAUAGUAGCAGAGAUUAAACCUCGCUACCACAUUGCUGGUACUAAGGGUGUAUUCUAUGCUCGAGAACCGUAUGCCAAUAUUGAAGCUGUACAUGUAACCCGUUUCUUUGGGCUUGCUCCUGUUGGAAACAAAAAUAAGCAGAAAUUUAUUCAUGCAAUUUCCCCUACUCCAGCAUCUACUAUGUCUGCUUCUGAGCUUCGUGUGACACCACCAAAUACAACCUCAUCUCCAUAUACAUUUGUUGGUAAAACAGCCCAAACUGAGAGAACUGAAAAGAGACCUAGCAGUGAUGCGUCUGAUUCACAAUAUUGGCGGUAUGAUGUCUCUCAGAAACGACAGAAACAUGGAGGAGAUGGUGAUGACAGUAAGUUGUGUUUUAAAUUUCUCUCCUCUGGUUCUUGUGUACAAGGAGAGAAAUGCCACUUUCAUCAUGAUGAAGAUGCAAGAGAACACUACUUGAGGGGUGCGUGUUUUGAUUUUCUUAACAAAGGCAAAUGUGAAAGGGGUCCAGACUGCAACUUUAAGCACAAUUUACAGGAAGAAGGCAGAAGCAUUCCUAGAAGGCCAGGAUCUGGAAGUGCAAACUCUAACAGGUCAAGGGAAUGCUGGUUUUGUUUGUCAAGUCCCAGUGUGGAGACACAUCUAAUAACUAGUAUAGGGGAGCAUUACUAUUGUGCACUUGCUAAAGGUCCACUAGUUGAAGAUCAUGUUCUCAUAAUACCUGUGGAACACACACCUUCUACCUUGGCAUCUCCCCCAGAAAGUGAAAAAGAGUUAAUUAAAUUCCAAAGCAGUCUGAAAAUGUAUUUCAAGAAUCAACGUAAGGAAGCUGUUUUCUUUGAGUGGGUUUUCAACCGAGGUACUCAUGCUAACCUUCAGCUGGUGCUGUUGAUGUCAAUGACAGUUCAGUCAAACCAGGCCAUGAAGGUUGUUCCUAUUCCAUCAUCCAAAGCAUCUGUUCUUCAGGAUAUAUUUACCUUAGCUGCUCAAAAGCUGGGGUUCAAAUUCUUGGUGAUGAAAAAUGAUAAUGGUUCGGAAGGAAGAAAAUUGCUGCAAAUGCAGUUUGACAGGAAAUGCAGUUUAUUCUAUGUGGAACUGCCUGGAGAUAAAAUAUUAUAUCAUCCUGUUGAAGAGAAUGAGAAAUUCCCAGCCCAGUUUGGUCGUGAGGUUAUGGCAGGAUUGCUGAACAAAGCCGACAGGGCUGAUUGGAGGAAUUGUAAGCCCAGCAAGGAAGAAGAAGAGAAGAUGGCAGAAGCUUUCAAGACCAGGUUUCAAGAAUAUGACCCGAUCCACUGAUUCUCCGGAGGAGGUAUGGAAUCUGAUAAUGGAUAAUAUCCUCCUGUGGUAAGUGGAGGAGCAUUGAGUUGGGUGAUGAUGAUAUCGCGGCUGCUCCUUCAUAAUGCCAGUCUGCCGCCGUAUGUGUCGCUUUUUGCUUGGCAGAUGUCAUCCCUGUUAUUUGGAGCCCUUGGUCGGUGCCCGCUCGAUGUAGCAGAGUUGGAGUCUGGAGGGGGAAGAUUUAGACCUUCAGAUGUCACAAACUCACAAGGAACCGACUUCCAACAUGAAGAAGAUAACUAGUGAUGAGACACUGUUUAUUGGGGUGGGGUUUAUUGAGGUUUGUGGUGUAACAAGCGUCUAGUCUACUAGUGUAGUUUAGUUUUUGAUGCAUAAUAGUAUAAUAACUACUACAACACUAGUACCAGUAAAUAGUAAUGCAGGUAAAAUAAUUCAAUUUUUUGUUUUGACAGAUUUUGAUCACUUCUAAAUAUGCUGUUUUUGCGCUGCUCAAUCUAAACGUCUCCUCUGUUGGCUGUUGAUGUAAUUGCCAGUCCAGUGGAUGAAAUCUGCAAUGCAAUCAUGGAUAGAGAGACGGGGGUGGGCGUGGGCCACAUGCAAGUAAAACGAUUUAAAUAAAGCCUCAUUUUAAGGAGUGCGGUUCCAUGUUUGCACAUUGUGGUCACUUUAUUUCUGUAAGAUACAUUUUCA